UUUGAAAAACAAUAAAACUAUUUUCAGCCGUGUACGUUUGUUUGUUUUUUUGUUUCCGGAUAUAUAAGUAACCCUCGUACAUUACUAUACUUGGACUAUUUUACAAAAAAACUUUUAUGCAUUAGUUUUUUUGUCUAUUACCUGCUCAGGAACGAGCUACUUCCAAAUUAUUAUCAAAAUGGGGUACUUACUUAAAUUUUAACCGUUUUCAAAAUUGGCAUGAAAUCAACCUGUAUAUCAUUUACAAUACGUUUGUUCUAUUGGUUUUCAGCCCCGAAAGGUACUGUGACAACGAUAUCUCAAGAAAAAACCCUUGAAGAAAAUAACGACUCGAUAAAAUGUAAAGCCAUCAGAAAAGAACAUUCUGGUUUUUCUUUUUCUGUUGUAUUACAUUUUAUCUACAUCCCGCCAGCGACUCCAUCUACUCAACAGGCAACACCGUUCACUGACAAAACUGCAAUUCAAAUGUCAUCGCCAUCAGGUUUAGAAAGCAAAAAUAUCGAGUCGCCGGCAGGGAAGGAAUGGUGGCUUAAAUUCGUGCUGGGAGGUGGCGCAGCUAUCAUUGCUCUUUGCGUCGUGGUGUGCGUAAUUAUUUAUUAUAGAAAGAAGAAACCCCAGACUGACGAUUUAACCUACGCUAACUUGACCAAAGAUCAGAAGAACUACGCGACACUACCAGUGCCAGCACCGAGGACCUUGCAGAAGGAUGCCAAGCCGAAGGUGACAGUUGAGGGCACCUACAGUGAGCCAAAGGACUCCCAAGACAUGAGCGAAGCCCUAUACGCCGACCCGAACCGUUUCAACGGUUCCGAGACCUACGCCGAACCGUACGUCAAAUCCGGUUCUAAUCCGUGUACUUACGCCGAACCGAACAAGGCAGAUUACGCGGAACCUUACAUGCCUAAGGAAGGGAAUUAUGCUGCAAUCGGAAGUCAAUCGGAAGGAGGUUAUGCUGCAAUUGGUAAAUCAGAAGGAGAAUAUGCUGCUAUAGGCAAUGAAGGAGGAUAUGCGUCUAUAGAUAACUCUGAAGGAGGAUAUGCUGCUAUAGGUAACUCUGAAGGAGGUUAUGCUGCAAUUGGAAACUCUGAAGGAGGAUGUGCUGCAAUUGGAAAAUCAGAAGGGAGUUAUGCUGCAAUAGGUAACUCGGAAGGAAAUUAUGCUGAAAUUGGAGCUAAAUCAGAAGGAAAUUAUGCUGAAAUUGGUGCAAAUAAUGACAAUAAGGAAUUGUACGCAAAACCUAUUCCUAAAGCUCAGAGACCAUUUAAGGCGAAAGAUGAGUCGGAUUAUUCAAACGUUUUUAAGGAGCUGUACGCGAAUGCGAAAAAAAAGUAAAGAUACUAUUGUAAAUUUUUAA